AGCUCCUCAAUAUCUCUGCUGCUUUGAUUUGGACUGAACAGAAUCCAGAGGGAGUUCAGCAGCCACAGUGGAGAUCUGCUGGACUUCAGGACCAGAGAGGAAUGGAGGAGGACAACCAGGACCAGGACCAGGAGCAGCGGAGCAACGAGGUCUCCAGAAGACCAGCAGCAGACUGGGCCUCUGAUAGCAGCCAUGUUCAGAAACGGAGAGGAAGAGGAGUCAAACAUCACCGCUGUCAGCACUGUGACAAAACCUUCACAACAUCAAGAUAUUUAAAGAUUCAUCAGAGAGUUCACACUGGAGAGAAGCCAUACAGCUGUGAUCAAUAUAUGGCUGCUACAAACUAUCUGCAGUCUGAAGAUCAGUAUCUGUGCUCCAUCUGUCUGGAUGUGUUCACUGAUCCUGUCACCACAUCAUGUGGUCACAACUUCUGCAAGAACUGCAUCACUGACCACUGGAAUACUAAUGACCAGUACCUGUGUCCGCUGUGUAAAAACGUUUUCAACACCAGACCUGAGAUGCACGUCAACACUUUCAUCUCUGAGAUAGUCAUUCAGUUCAGGCAGUCAGCUCAACAGAAAGCCAGCAGCAGCAGCUCAGAGCAACAAGUGUCCAAACCAGGAGAACUUCCCUGUGAUGUCUGCACUGGAACCAAACUGAAGGCCCUGAAGUCCUGCCUGGUGUGUCUGAUCUCCUUCUGUGAGACUCACCUGGAGCCUCAUCUGACCACUUCAGGUCUGAAAAGACAUCAGCUGAUCAACCCCGUGGAGAACCUCGAAGGCAGGAUGUGUACGGAGCACGAUAAACCUCUGGAGCUGUUCUGUAAGACCGACCAGACAUGUGUCUGCAUGUUCUGUCCCUAUUCAGAUCACAAUAACCAUGAUGUUGUACCUCUGAAAGAAGAAUGCGAAGGAAAGAAGGCAGAGCUGGGGAUGACAGGGGCUGAAAUCCAGCAGAUGAUCCAGAAGAGACGACUGAAGAUUCAAGAGAUCAAACACUUAGUCGACCUCAGUGAGGAAGAUGCAGACAGAGAGAUAGCAGAAGGUGUUCAGGUCUUCACUUCUCUGAUGGAGUCUGUUGAGAGAGGCCUGAAUGAGCUCAUCAACACCGUCAAAGAGAAGCAGAAAACAACAGAAAAACAGGCCGAAGCUUUCAUCACAGAGCUGGAACAGGAAAUCUCUGAGCUGAUGAAGAGAAGCACUGAGGUGGAGCAGCUCUCACGCUCUGAAGACCACCUCCAUCUUCUCCAAAGGGUCCAGUACCUAAACAAGCAACAACCUCCACCCACCAAGGACUGGACAGAGGUCAGCGUCCGUCCAUCAUCAUAUGAGGGGACUGUGGUGAAAGCUGUGGUUCAGCUGGAGGAGACACUCAGUAAAGAGAUGAAGAAGCUGGUUGCUGAGUCUGAGUUGAAGCAGUAUGCAGUGGAUGUGACUCUUGAUCCUGAUACAGCACAUCCUCUACUUAUCCUGUCUGAUGAUGGGAAACAAGUGUAUACUGGUGAUGUGAGGAAGAAUCUCCCAGACAACCCAGAGAGAUUUUCUUAUUUCGGAUGUGUUUUAGGAAAACUGAGUUUCUCUUCAGGCAGAUUUUACUUUGAGGUUCAAGUUAAAGGAAAGAUUGAAUGGACUUUAGGAGUGGCCAGAGAGUCGAUCAACAGGAAGGGAGACAUCGCACUGAGUCCUCAGAAUGGUUUCUGGACGACAUGCUUGAGAAAUGGAAAUAAGUACUACGCUUCUGCUGACCCUCAAAUCCGUCUCUCUCUGAAGUCUCCUCCUCAGAAGGUGGGGGUGUUUGUGGACUAUGAGGAGGGUCUGGUCUCCUUUUAUGACGUAGAUGCUGCAGCUCUUAUCUACUCCUUUACUGGCUGCUCCUUCACUGAGAAACUCUUCCCAUUCUUCCAUACUGGUAAUAAUGAAGGUGGUAAAAACUCUGCCCCUCUGAUCAUCUCUCCUGUCAGAGUAAACUAAUCACAAUAAGAAUACUUUAAUACUUUAUUGAUCCCCUCAGGGAAAUUGUUAGUUGCUAUUUCUUAAAGUCAAGGUGAAAAAUAAAAGU